AUGAAAGCAAUGAGAGCAACCAUUAUUGUUAUUAGCUUUUCUUUUAAAUCCAAAAAAUAUGAAUACCCAUUUGAUCGUCCAACAUAUAAACAAUUUAAAGGAAACAUAUUAAAAUUUUGGGAAUUCGUCUCCCCCUCAACUAAAGAAUUAGGACCUUUAGCUGUAUGGCUAUUUGGGAUUUGUGUUAAUGCAGCAUCUAUAGAACGAUUAUGGAGUUCGAUGGGAUUUAUUCAUACUAACCGACGAAAUCGGCUCCAA